CCUACAUUUAGUGUUAUAUGUCCCGGAAGAAGCUCCCUGUCUGAACCGCGUCGAAGAUUCACUUUAAUCAACCAUCGCUGUGAACAUGUCUAUCGACCUAAGGCAGAAAAUGAGUCGGUUUGUCGAGUUCAUCAACUCGAAUGAUGAAACAGUUGGCAAAGAAGUCGUCUCCGAAUCAGCUGAAUUCCAUGUCCCAUUCAGCGACACACCUCUGAAGGGACUAGCUGGCUACAUGCAGAUUCUCGGAAUCAUGCGGGGUGCUUAUCCUGAUAUUCACUGGUCACUCAAUGAGACGGUUGUCGAAGGGAACAAGUUGGUGGCACAGUUCACCAUACGCGGCACUCACGAGGGGGAGUUCUUUGGCAUACCGGCAUCAGGAAAGCAGAUUAAUACAUUUGCAAUGAACAUGUACCGAUUUGAAGAUGGAAAAAUUGUUGAAGAGCGGGGACUUCCGGACUUGUUCGGAAUGAUGGUUCAAAUUGGUGCGAUCCAACCUCCUCAGCCCCGCUAGCUUGAAAUUUACUUCUAUCGCCUUUUGAGUUGGGCUAAAUGUCAGUGAUUAAAUGAGACAGACGAUAUGUCUUCGCUAGUAUUUCUCCUAUAGUCAAACGUAAAAGAAGGGGGGCUAGUUAUAAUAUAGUUCACCAUCCACUCCAUGUACAACCUAUUGAGACUCAACGUACAAAGCCAAAUAAGACACUGAGCACACACCCGAAACACGUCAUAUUUGAGAUACCUUCCUAAAACCUUGCCUUCUGCCCUGGAACCGGUAGGACUCGCAUGUCUCGCAUGUCUUCCGACCGAAUCGCUGGGGAAAAGAUUGCAGAACCGUGAAGUGAUCAAGCACUCGCGAUAAUCUCUGCCGCAACUCGCUCACCAGAGCGGAUGGCCCCAUCCAUAUACCCAGUCCAGUAAGGAGCAGUCUCAGUGCCAGCAAAGU